UGAUUGGCAGACAGCUCUUGUGACAUCAGAGCAGAAACAAAAAGCAAAGGCAAGUGAAAAAAAAAAAAAGGAACAAGGACACCGGUGAGAGGUACAUGAAAAAUACAGUCUCCAAAACUGCCUGCUGCGCUCGGAAUAAUGAAAACAGCAUAGGAAUCUGUGCAUCACUUGUUACUUCCAGCUACAGGAUAUUUUGGGAUUGGUGAUCAUUUCCAGAUUAUUUUAACGUUUUCUCACAGCUGUGAUCAAUUGCUGCUUUAGGUUGUAAGGAAAGUUAGUGGACACUUUUUUGUUUUAGUUUUCCAGCGAAGAGAGAGAGAGAGACACAGAAAGAGAGAGAGGCGGAAAUUUAAAAAUCAAAGUGUUUGCUUGCUGGAUAAAGGUUGCGGCUUGUUCAGUUUUCCAGAAAACCCUAUAACUUGUAUGAAAGUAUGUUUAAAAAGAGGCGGACUGGACUGAGGAUACAUUCAGAGUUCUGCUUACCAGCCGUAGGGAGGAAUCGUUUGGAGUAACACCAAGUAAUGUGGAAAAAACACAGUCAAAAGAGAAAACUCUCAACCAGACACAAACUCGGCACACAGGUUGACAAUGCUAGCCGGGAUCCGCUGUCUGCUUCUGCUGCUGCUUUACCAGGUCCUGCUGAGUGGCUGCACGGGUCUGAUUCCAGAGAUAGGAAGGAAGAGGUACGCAGAGUCAGGUUGGGCAUCUCCCCAGCAGUCAAUGGGCAUCAUCAACCAGUUCGAGCUACGUUUGCUCAAUAUGUUUGGUUUGAAGAGGCGUCCAACUCCUGGCAAGAACAUUGUGAUCCCCCAACACAUGCUGGAUUUGUACCAUAUGCACUCAAGCCACCUAGAUGAGGAUCAGGACAAGCCUCCCAUGGACCUUCACCGGGAGCGUGUUGCAAGCCAAGCCAACACAGUAAGGAGCUUCCAUCAUGAAGAGUCCAUGGAAGAGCUUCCCGAAUCCAAUGAGAGAGCCGUACAGCGCUUCUACUUUAAUUUGACUUCAUUUCCUACUGAGGAGCUGAUCACGUCUGCCGAACUACGGAUAUUUCGAGAGCAGAUCCAAGAGCCAUUUGAGAAUGAUACAAGCAAGCUUCAUCGGAUUAAUAUUUAUGAUAUAGUAAAGCCAGCAGCAGCUACCUCUAGGGGCCCUGUUGCAAGACUAUUGGACACGAGGUUGAUACAUCACAAUGUAAGCAAAUGGGAAACCUUUGAUGUUACACCAGCCAUUAUAAGAUGGAUUGCACAUAGACAGCCUAACUAUGGACUUGUUGUGGAAGUGACUCCUUUGGACAAUAACAAAAACCUUCCUAAGAGGCAUGUGAGGAUUAGCAGAUCAUUAGCUCCAGAUAAAGACAACUGGUCUCAGAUAAGGCCACUGUUGGUAACUUAUGGACAUGAUGGGAAAGGACAUCCCCUUCAUAAGAGAGAAAAGCGUCAGGCAAAGCAACGGCAGAGGAAACGUCUUAAGUCAAGCUGUCGGAGACAUCCGUUAUAUGUGGACUUUAGUGAUGUUGGCUGGAAUGAUUGGAUUGUUGCACCACCUGGCUACCAUGCCUUUUACUGCCACGGAGAAUGCCCCUUCCCACUGGCAGAUCAUUUAAACUCCACCAACCAUGCUAUUGUACAGACUUUGGUAAAUUCUGUUAAUUCAAAUAUACCGAAAGCUUGCUGCGUACCUACGGAACUGAGUGCUAUCUCCAUGCUUUAUCUUGAUGAGAAUGAAAAAGUUGUAUUAAAGAAUUAUCAAGACAUGGUUGUGGAAGGUUGUGGUUGUCGUUAGGAGAACUUUGAACAUACAUUCACGAAAAAAAAAAGCAAAAAACACAAAACAAAGAAAGGACACUUUAAGAUUUCCCAUCGGAGAUUUUGUUUUUUUAAUUUAUGCAAUAAAAAUGCUAAAAAACAGUUAUUUUGAAAUAUAAAUAUAUAUAUAUUUAUAUAUAUUUAUGUCUACAAAAAGUUGAGAACAAAUAUUUUAAUCAGAGAAAUAUUCCUUUUUAGUUGUACAUUUUAUAUGGGGAUUAUACCCAGCACAUGAAGUAUAAUGGUCAGAUUCUUAUUUUGUAUUUAUUUACCAUUAUAACCACUUUUGUUUUUCUAGAACUGAAAUAGCUGUUUUUUGUAUUUAUAUGUAAUCAAAAGGAAAAAAAAAAAUAUAGGGUUUGUAAAUAUGUAUUUUUUUUUCUUUUUUCAUUCUUAAAGCAGAUUCAUUGUGUGUGUAUUUAAGUUGAACGUAACACAUGGAAAGUAAGUAUUGCAGUGUAUUUUUUUUUACUUUCUAAAUGGCUACUGUCUGUUUUUAGAUCCGUGAGAUAUUGGGUCAUUCAUCCUAGUAACUCUGUAAUAUUGUAUUGUGCAACUCUCAGGCAUUAUACAGUGUGGUCUGUGAAAUUUUGUAAUAACUUUUACAACCUUAACAAAUUUUACAACCCUCGCCAUCAUAAUUGCUGAUUUUUUAUUUUUUUUUUAAUAUACAAAUCCCGCAAUUAUUGCGCUAAUUGUUACAAAAUGUGCGUAUUGGCCAAAAGGAUGGAAAAGAAAGUCCAAAUAAAGUGUUACAGCAUGCAAAUAUUUGUAUGUUGGAAAAUAAAUUUGAAAUCCGUUUAAUAAAAGCUGGCUCUAAUAUUG